GUUGCCUCGAGUAAACGACGCACGCGCCAUGGAGCAAUUCCUUGGGAAAAAAUACAAACUUGUCUCUUCGGAGAACUUUGACGAAUACCUCAAGUUUAUACAGAUCGGCUUCCUGUCCCGCAAAGCUGCGCAGGCGGCGUCACCCGUCUCCUUUCUGGAGCGAAACGAAGAUGGCAGCUACACUUUCUCUGUGACGUCACCUAUCAAGUCCAGCGUCGUGACCUUUAGAGAGGGAGAGGAAUUCAUCGAAAACAGACUAGAUGGCGCCAAGGUGAAGUCAACAGUGACUAUAGAAGGAAAUAAACUUAUCCAGAAACAAGUAGAAGAUAACGGAAGAACGACGACUAACUUAAGGGAGUUCACGCCGGAGUUCUUGAUCGUGACGACUACAGCUGAAGGCUGGGACGGCAAAUGUGUGAGAACUUACAAAGUGAUCGAGUGAUGUGUAUAUGUACUAAAAGCGAAAUGUCAAGUGAAUGUGUAAGGUACCAAAGUACCGAUCAAUGUCGAACAAUUGGUUUUUCGGUUUAAGAAUAUUUUAAGACUGGUUUCGGGUAAAGUUUCGAACGGACCAAAUAUGCCAAAAAUGAAAAUUCCUGUAUUAUGUGAUAUUGAGUAAUAGUUUUAUACUUACAUAUACAUAAUUAGUGCUUUCUAGUAAAAUAAAUUUGUGCUAAAAA